ACAGGAUAUUGUGCAGUCAUUAUUAUCAGAUAAUUUCAUUCAUCAAUAAAAUUUGAAAUACAUACGACUGUAAGACUGAAUAAGGACAAGAAGACAGAAAAGGGCAGUGAAAAAAGGAAAACAUGUUAGUCACAUUCACUUCUAUAAGAACUUGGUAUUGAUCUGAAUAUCACAGUAAGAGGAAAAACAACAGAUAAUUUUGAAAUAAUAUAAUAAAACUUAACAUUAACUUCAUCCGAAGAAGAAAAAACAUCAGGUGACAUAUCAAAAAUAACAAAAAUAAAGGAACUUUUAAGAAUUGAAAAAGAUAAUUUAAGGAACACAACUGUUCUAAAGCAAGCCAUGACUUUAACAACUGCGGAUGCGGAUGUUGACAGGUAUAUCAAGGAAAGUUGCAGAAGCUUUAAAGAAUGCGAGGUGAAGAAUACGGCAAGGAGGAACUCCUUACUCAAGAAAACUCUUGGGAUCGAAUCCGAGCGGAGGAUAGCUAGUGCCAAAUUGUCCAGAGAGGAAAGGCAGUUGAGAGAACAACUUAAACAGAUGAACAUUGAGAAAGCGAAGAACCACAUAGUCCACAAUUUAAGAGACAGUAAGAAAAAGAAGAAGGUUCCAAAGAUACCUGAAGAGCAUGCGCUUCCUAUAGAGCCAUAUCCGGUUACAUUCAGAGCACACACACCAUCCCCAGUGGAUCUUGACAAACAGUUGGAGAGUGCCGGUAAAAGAUAUGUUGGGUCCAGAAGACGGAGACAGUCGAAAGAGUUCGAAGAUUUGUCCCUAGACACCGAGUCUGGGUCCUUGUCACAUAUUGAAGAGCACGCACACGAAAACAUUGGAAUAAGACCGCGUGUGUAUUCCAUGUCAUAUGCUCAAAAGAUUAUGUCGGAACACCAUAAUUCACCAAGAGUGUCACCAGAUUUAAGGCGUAAACUUCUCAGCAGGAAAAGUGGAAGGGGAGGUCAUUCAAGUAGCUCUUCAAAAGAAAGUUUGAAUGAUAGCACUGAAAGAAUUACCUCCCUUGAAGACUUACAUUGGAUCGGAAAUCCGGAAGCAAUUCACUCAGUCAGACGACCGCGAAAAAAAGCAGACGAACUAGAAUUAGAGUCAGAAAUACAUAAACUGACAAUAAAAUGACGUCAAAAUUUUUAAGAAGUGGAAGCUGGUGAAAUAUGUAUAUAUUUAUAUACAGAUAUGAUGUGCCAACAAUACCAUAACAGUUUAUGACCUGAUUUGACACAUUGCAGUAUACAUAAAAUAAUUUACAAUCUUACGUUACUUUUUAUUUCAAAUAUAUAAAAAAGAUGUUCAGUCGAUGUUUAGUAUCUGAUUAAAUGACAGUUGUUAUAUAUGUACAUAACAUUAAUUAUAAUUUUAACUGCG